AUGCUCAGUAUUUUAUGUGCUCUCUCUAGCUGCAACAAACCAAUUGUCAUUAUUCCACCAUUAUAUGGCUCAAAUUUGUUCAUCACAUAUCAGAAUGUGAGCGGACUUCACUCAUAUUGCACAAGUAAAGUUUCUGACAAAUUAUUAUGGGUUAACCCAUCAUAUGCUAUCCCUCCAGUUUACAACUGCCUCUUCCAGCUUUUAACCGUAUAUUGGGAUAACGAAACCGAGAAUUAUAUGUCCAGACCAAACACAACCAUCUCAGUUCAUGACUUUGGCGGCGAUUCCACAGUCAAGUACAUUGCCCAUGGCUUAGGCGGUUGGCUCAGACUCAUAGAAUCCUUCAAAUCCUUAAUCCAGCAUUUCAAACAUAAGGGUUACGUUGUCAGGCGUGAUAUUUUCGCUGCACCUUUCGAUUGGAGACUUGCCGUUGCUGGACUUGAUCUCUUCUGGCCAAAUCUCAAGAAUCUCGUCGAACACGCUUAUCGUGUAAAUCGUGGUCAGAAAGUUACAAUCUUCGGCUACUCCUGCGGCGGCUUCACACUUCAGCAGUUCCUUGCCGAGCACGUUGACCAGGAAUGGAAGGACAAAUACCUUGAUAGAGCAAUCUUUUUGGCUCCAUCUUUCGGCGGCGCGGGCGCAUCCCUUCCUUCCAUAUACACAAAGACAUUCCCAAUUGUUCCAAUCAUUAAGAACGAUGAUUUGGACGCAAUGAUCGAGUCAAUGCCUGUAGUUCACCAACAUUUCCCUAAUUGGGAGAUUUUCGGAGACAGAGAGGUCAUCAGAACACCAGAGGAUAAUACUCUUUACGCUCGCGAUGUCCCACAGUUCUUAAUUGAUCAGGGAAAGGUCAAAGGAGAUAAUAUCAAGAUUAUGAUGAAGGCUGCUAAUAUUUCAAGCAAGGCACCACGCUCACCAGGUUUACCAACUUACAUCAUCUACAACUCCGCUGUACCAACAGAUUUCAACCUCAAAUUCAAGAACGGAUACAACAAAGACCCAAUUGUUGAGAAAACAGGCGGUGAUGGCACAGUCUUUGCUGCUGGCCCAGAAUACGCUUGCAACCAUUGGACAGCUCCAGUUAAAUGCCUCGAUCUUUACAAAGAUUCAGAAUUAUUCGAACACCAGCCACUUGCUGCCAAUCCAUUCGUUCACGAUAUCAUCUACCACUUACAUACAACAGAUAAAUGGAUGCAUUCCAACACUACAAGAAAGAUUAUCCGUGCUCCACUUGUAGAGAUUACUUCUAACAACUCUUAUACUAUCAGAAACGAUAUUAGACCAAAGAAGAUCAUCAUGAAGAAGGUUGUAUCAGAAGAAAUCUAG